AUCCUUGAGAUCAGAUGAGCAGAAGUAGGCAACCGAUAAUGUAAACAACUCUCAUCGCAAUGUUUAUUUCCAUGGAGAUCUAAUUCAUAGAUUAUCUUCUUCAUACCGAAAAAAAUCGAUGUGAAUGAUAAAAUACAUUUUUGCUGACAGUUAAUAAAAUUCAAAUUGUGCCUGCACAAAUAUUUUUUUAAAAAAUAUUGUGUUUUCUUUAUGAUUUAUAUAAUCAAUAAACUAUUCAUUCAGUGUGUGAAAAUUCUCCUUGAGUAAAGGAAAUAUUAUUAGUAAAGGCAAUCUCUUUCUAUGUAGCAACACUAACAGCAAAUAGUCUCUGUGCAAUGUGUGUCACAGUUGAAAUGAUGUUCUAACAGAAAAUUAUUUUCAUACAUGGAUAUUUAAUGUUAGUAUCGAUAAAUUUCCAAUUGUAGUUCACAAUUAUUCUUCGUUAUUAUAAAACAUUUUACUUCUGUUCUAAAAAUUACACAAUAAGAAUUAGUUUCAUUUUAUUGUUUUGUGCUCAUAAUAUGGAUAUAAUUUAUUUAAGCACUCAUUGUAAUAAAUCAAUAAAGGAAAAAAAGAAUAAUUUCGUUUAAGUAACACUUUAAACAAACUUUUCAUGUAGUGCAUUAUUAAACAGUGGUAAAUAGAUUGAAAUUACAGUUGCAGACAAUCGUUUCAGUUAUACGCAAGAAAUUAAAAUUGUGAUUUUCCUGUUCACACUGAGAAAAUAUUUUCCGUAUUCAGUUUUGUGCAAUUUAAUACUCGUAAAUAGAGAUAAACUUUGUUGACUUUCUCGUAUUUAUGCUAAUGAUUAAGAGCUUGUGCAUAAUUGAACAUCGAUAUAAAAAUUGGAAAUUAAUGUUUUUUUAAUAUCUUUAUAGAUAAUUUCAAACCCUUUAAGUCAGUGAAAGUGAAAUUUUUUUUUGUUGCCUUUCUUGGUUUAUAAUGAACUAUAUUUCUGCAGUGUCUUUGUGAAUAAAAUGCUAAUGAAAUCAAAUUUGAUAAUUUCAUGGUCAUAAUAGUUAUUAUGUUAAUAUCAUAAAGUUAAAUAAUUUAAUUUACUUUUGUUUCUUGGUAUGUUCGACAAAAGAGAAAUAUUAAAGUUGGUUGUGAAAAAUAAAAUAUGUUUACAUCUCAGUAUAAUUAAUUUAAAUUAAUGCUUCACAGAUGCACCUAUUAAUAGAUCAUAUUGCUUUAGUAUUAUAUUUUACUUAAUUAAAAUUUAAGUCAAAGUAAGUGACUUGAUUGCAGCAUGCUCUUUUUUUGUAGUUCUACAAUGCAGUUAUUAAUGCUAUAACUAUGUUUGUAAAGGCCUAACUUAAUUCAGAAUAAGUAUCAUCCUGUAAACAAACCUUAUUCUUGUUAAUGUAAUAAGAGAUUUUCAUGAAAAAGUCCAAAUAAUCGCUGUAAAAUUCAUACUGGUAAGACGCCUUUUUUUUGUAGUAUACAUAAUAAGAUAUUUUCCAUGAAUGAUUAUGAAUAAACACAGUCGUGCUCAUACUGGUGAGAAGCUUUAUUCUUGCAGUAUAUGUAAUAAGAGUUUUUCAGAAAAAAGUAAUAUGAAAAGACACAGUCGUAUUCAUACUGGUGAAAAGCCUUAUUCUUGCAGUAUAUGUAAUACAAGUUUUUCGCUUAAAAGUCAUCUCACUAGACAUGGUCGUGUUCAUACUGGUGAGAAGCCUUAUUCUUGUAUUAUAUGUAAUAAGAGUUUUCCAGAAAGAAUGAUUCUGAAUAGACACAGUCGUGUUCAUACUGGGGAGAAACCUUAUUCUUGUAGUAUAUGUAAUAAAAAAUUUUCACUAAAAACUGGUCUGACCAUUCAUAGUCGUGCUCAUACUGGUGAGAAACCUUAUUCUUGUAGUAUAUGUAAUAAGUGUUUUUCACAUAACGGUAGUCUGAAAAGACAUAGUCGUUUUCAUACGGGUGAGAAGCCUUAUUCUUGCCGUAUAUGUAAUAAGGGUUUUUCAGAAAAAAGUCAACUCACUAGACACAGUCGUGCUCAUACUGGUGAGAAACCUUAUUUUUGUAGUAUAUGUAAUAAGGGUUUUUCAGAAAAGAGUCAACUCGCUAGACACAGUCGUGCUCAUACUGGUGAGAAACCUUAUUCUUGUAGUGUAUGUAAUAAGAGUUUUUCACACAAAAAUAGUCUGGAAAGACACAGUCGUGUUCAUACAGGUGAGAAGCCUUAUUCUUGUAGUAUAUGUAAUAAGAGUUUUUUAGAAAAAAGUCAUCUCACUACACACAGUCGUGUUCAUACUGGUGAUAAGCCUUAUUCUUGUAGUAUAUGUAAUAAGAGUUUUUCGCAAAAAGGUUAUCUGACACUACACACUUUUCUUCAUACUGGUGAGAAGCCUUAUUCUUGUAGUAUAUGUAAUAAGAGUUUUGCACUAAAAAAUAAACUGACCAGUCACAUUCGUGUUCAUACUGGUUAAAAGCCUUAUUCUUAGUUUGUUUAUGAAACAUAUAAAGUAGUAUACAUUGUUUCAUAAAAUCAAUUUCUUGUUCUUCACAGCAAGUCAUUUAAGUAUUUAUUGAUCAUAAUUUUUUUAAUUACAUUUAAAUGUUUUUGAGCUUAUAAUCAACCGAAAAUUUGAAAAAUGCACAAGAUUUUUCAAAC